AACAGGGAAGCAAGCCAGUUUCGAGACAAGCCUCUCACAUAAGCUCCAGGCGUUACCGUUUCAAAGUGGAGAAGUAGCUCGUGUGCAUAUCGCUUUCCGCGAAGUGCCUUCGACUGAUGUAGAGCAACCUUCAUACGCUUCAGGUUCCUUUUUCACCGUUUUGUGGAGCUUGCCUCGUGAUUCAUUUCUUCCUCUGGUCGGCUUGUUCGAGUGAGCCAUUAGACGCCUUACUUAGACGGCUUAAUUAGUGAUUCAAGGGACGAGACUCUCCUCUCGUCGCGGCCUUCGCGGAGCCGUGCGCUGAGAUUGCGUGAAAAGGGACAUGGCGGGAGCUGUGUGUCCGAUGAGUCCAGGCGAGACCGAUUGGAGGUCUCCUGCAGAGAAGGCGGCCAAGUACCUGGUCAAAGGCUCGGCAGCUCACAUGAACGGCCACAUUAACGGUCACGGAAACGGCCGUCAAGGAAACGGAACGGUCACUCACCCAGGUACUGGCGGUCAACCACACGGAGACAGCGAUGACGAGGAGUUCCACCCGCCUGAACCGACCAGGACCGGGUCUUCUAACGAGGAUUUCUUCGACGCAGCGGAGGAUGGGCUAGAAGAGUAUCUGAGCAGCGAAGAGGACUUCCACAACACCACUCCCGCCAUGAACGGCAGCAGCCGAGCCGCACCUACUCGCGGCCGGCGAACCUCCUAUCGCGAUCUCGUCGCGCGGAUCCAGGAAGAGUCCAGAAGGCGAGCGGCAGCGGAAGAAGCGCUGGCCGCCUGCACGAAGCGGCUGGACGGAAUAGAAGCAGCCGUCGCAGAGGCGCAGAAAACGUUGGUCGGAGGCUCUCUGAUCGUUCGCAGUUCAGCGGGAUCUGGCGAUGGUCAAGGGGGAAACGAGGACAGGACCCCUGGUCGCGAGAAAGCUGAUAACGAGGAUGCUGCCAGGUCGAGGUCCGUUGGCCGAUCCCAAGAUGGCCCGAUGGAAGCAGACGCAACUGGGAUUGGGGGAGUCAGCGAGGAAUCGACUGGGAGUGAGGGAGGUAGUGUGGAACCUACCGGGAGCGUCAGCGUGGAAUCCGCGUUGGCGCGGGCGGUUGCUGCGGCGGUGAAGAGGGGCGAGGAGCACUUGGUAGAGGAUAAGGAGCAAGCGGAUCUGGCGGCGCGGAAAGAGGCGGAGAUGUCGCGGCUGAGAGACAAGCUGCAGUACUGGGAGCGGAUGAACCAGGAGAUGGCCCAGAAGAAUAACGAAGCCAUUGAGCACAUGAGGGCGCACAGGCGGCGCUGGAACGUGAUAUGGCGGGCGAUGGGGGUGGGAGCCGCCGUCACAGUGGGCGUCGGGGUGAUGGUAGCCGUGGCUCACUUGUCGAGCAGCAGCAGCAGUGAUGGUAACGGUAACAACGGCAGCAGUAAUGGCAGCAUUGACGGCGCUAUCCGCAGCAGUAACUCUGUAGAUCCCAGGGGGUCGGUUUCUGCUGCAGCUGAAUAAGGGGUCACAUGGGAAAGGGAGGAAGGGGGGGUGGGGGGUGAGGAGGUGAGGUUGUCAGGAGGACGAGUGCCCGGCUGACAGCGUAGCAGCAGCAGGGCAUGUGGGGUCAUGGAGUGGUUACAGGGGCGCGACGUGUGACGCUGGAGGAACGGAUGCAAGGCAUGGGGACAGCCAGCUCUCUGUCUUGAGUCACAGCCCAGGGCGGAGCAGCGCUUUCAGUCACCGACUCGAUUGGCUUCCGGAGUUUCCAGGAUUGGCUUCGGAGGUGUAGCAGAGCCUUCAAGAGUACAGCCCUUGAAUGUCGACAUGGCAGGGGUCAGUCAGAGCAGCUUGUUGAGAUAUGUGGGCUACUGCUUGCAGAGGCAAGAUGAGGGCGUCAAUGAGGCCUGCAGAUCUGUGGGCGGCAAUGAGAGGCCUGCAGAUCUGUGGGCGGCAAUGAGAGGCCUGCAGUUUUGUGGGCGGCAAUGAGAGGCCUGCAGAUCUGUGGGCGGCAAUGAGAGGCCUGCAGAUCUGUGGGCGGCAAUGAGAGGCCUGCAGAUCUGUGGGCGGCAAUGAGAGGCCUGCAGAUCUGUGGGCGGCAAUGGGAGGCCUGCAGAUCUGUGGGCGGCAAUGGGAGGCCUGCAGAUCUGUGGACGGCAAUGAGAGGCCCGCAGAUCUGUGGGCGGCAAUGAGAGGCCUGCAGAUCUGUGGGCUACUGCGUCCGCCCUUUACCUGUGGGAUGCCAGCUGUUGCCUGCCUGGCUGGGGGACUGUUGGUUUGAGGCUGGGAGGUUCAUCAAGGGUUUCUGGAGCGGAGUUGGUCUUGCUGGCUGCUGCUGUCGCUGCUGCUGCUGGCAAUGUUGGUGCUGCUGCAUCCCCUCCGAACCCCCCUGCACGCCCCUGCCCCCCUUGCUUCAGCAGCUCCCUCUGUUGCUGCUGCUUGUAGCCACCCGCAAGGGGCUACCUGCUUGUGCUGCUGCUGCUUGUAGCCACCUGAUAAGGGGCUACCUGCUUUUGCUGCUGCUGCUGCUGCUUGUCACUACCUGCAGCGAGGCUCCCCGCUUUUGCUGCUGCUGCUGCUUGUAGCCACCUGCAAAGGGGCUUACGUUCCGCUGAGCUGAUUGGUUGAGCUUGCUGGUAUGAUAUGGUAUGGUAUGGGUGUUUUGCAUGCACUGCUGUUGUGCUAUGGAUGUAUUGUGUAUAGGCUGUUGCUACCGUACCUUUCUGACAUGUUAGAGAGCACAUGGACUAAAGGUAUAGGGUGGUCACUAUAAUAUUAUAUACUAGUAUAUUUUAUGUUUUUGUACCUACCGUAUGUGAUUGAUG